CAGUUAGGUCUAUGGUGUGAAGCAGCUUGUUCUUUUUAUUUCUUUUGUGUGUCCCUCUCUGAUGUAAUUGCAAAAGCAAAUACGUACAGUAUUAUCCUAUAUUCAUCUGUCCCACAGGAAAACCAUGCAGAGAACUCCUGCCAUUAACAUGUUUGUGUGCAUCUCUGUGCAAAGGAAUUUGAAGGUUGCUGGACCAGUACCUGCAGAUCCCUGGAUGCCCACAAGGAUGGGGAUUUGCCAGGGCAGCCUUCCAAAAUCCAUCAAGCCCUUGAAACGUGAACUACAAGAGAAGCUGCAGAGUCCCAUCAUCAUUUUUUUGGUAGGUGGUCCGGGUUGCGGCAAGAAGACACAGGGUCACAGGCUCGCCAGCAAGUAUGAUUUCUACCACGUUGGCAUCGGAGAGCUGCUGCGAGCGGAAGCCAGCCGGCCUACCCGGAAAGGCAAGACCAUUAGGGACAUCAUACUGAAAGGGGCUCUGGUGCCCUCGGGCUACAUCUUGGAACUGCUUACUGACAACAUGCUAAAAGCCGAAAACGUCAAAGGAUUCUUUGUUGAAGGCUUCCCCCGGGAAAUCCAUCAGGCCAAGCUAUUUGAGGAAGUGGUAGGGCGUGCACCCAACAUUGUGAUAGUGCUCGACUGCUCAACGGAGACGAUGGUCCAGCGACUGCUGAUCCGAAGCCAGAUGGGCGAGAGGGUGGACGACCAUGAUAAAAUCAUCCGGCACCGGCUUGAGACUUACUAUACACUGUGUGAGCCAGUCUUCACCCACUACCUACAGAAAAGCCUACUUCGGCAUAUCCUUGGGGAAGAACCACCAGACACCAUUUUUACCAAAUCCUGCAGUGUAGUCGAUGAAGUGAUAAAGGCAGCUACCACUACAUAAAGUGCAAAGCUUGUUAUCUCUACGUAAAAAUAAAGAUUUAUGCUGCUGGUCCA